ACAUUUCAGUGACAUCAGAUAUGGCAUUAAAAGCAGCAUUGAAAUUUCUCGAAAGAACGCACCUACUUCAAGGGAACAGCCAACCACUCACUCUUCCUCGGGAAGCUCGAGCUACUAGAGGUCUGUCUGUAGGCCAUGGUAAUCCACACUGCCAAUCCACACUGAGUCUAUUGGGGAGCAUAGCGGGAUUUGCUAGUCUGACAACACUCCUGGGUAUUGCGCUUUCCAAAGCUGGGAGUAGUGGAGGCGGAGACGCGAGUGGAGAGGACACCAGAACUGCUAUCAACAUUUCAAAUAUGUGGAACCCCAUCAACCCUACUGUUUCUUCUCAGUCUGUGGCAAAACUCCCAGCUUUGACUGAAGGUUCAUCUCUGAUUGAAAGCUUCCCAUUCCUGCCUGAUCUUGGGCUCUUGAGAAGCAACUUGUCCUACCCUGAUCUGCAUAGAACAAGUCCUCAGCCAGUUUUACCAGGUUCUUCUAUAAAUCGUGAUGCAACACUUAUUAGUCUGGCAGAUAAUACAGCAAUGAAAGAUUAAGAAAAGCAAAACAUCCUUGCCUUUUCAUCACAUGACUUUAAACCAGACUAACUGAAGACUAACAAUAAAAACAACCUCAUUGGAAAAUUACGUAAACAGAAAAUUAUGUUAACUUUUUUCUGAAGGUUAUUUAAUGCUUGCAUUGUCUAAUUGAAUGAUGAAUCAGUAAUUUCACUUGCUCCAUGUUUAUAUAUUAAAACCAGGUAAUACAUCUCUCAUUAUAUUCCAUUUCAUGUUUUAGUGCACAGACAAAAUAAAAUUCUUUAAUUUUACUUUAUACAUUGUAAUCUUACUUUUUCAGGUACCUGUGAUUUGUAAUGCAAUAAUCUAUUUCUUGGUUACCAACGUUAAUAAAAAUGGUAAAGAUACCAUAUUUUCCUUUUAUGUUGUGUAUUCCAAGAAUGUAACUAUAUAUAUACACACACAUCAAUUAUAUCUGAGAAGGUAAUGAAUAAUCUUUUAUCAAGAAUGGUUUAUUCAAGAUUGUCCUGACAAUGGAAGGCUUUUGUGAGACCUUAUCAAUCCCCAUGUAUGAACAAAUUUUGGAAAGUACAUCUGUUCAAAAUAUUUGGCAGUUGCAAAAUAUAACCAAAAAGUAUCCUGAUACUAAUUUUCUAUAUCAUGAUUUAAUUAUAACUGAAGAGCAUGUAAAAGACUAAAGAAUACUAUGCUGAAAAAUUCAAGUAAAUAAUCAGAAAUUUUAAAAUGUGAAAAUAUGCUAUCUGGUCUGUUCCUUCCCUGUCUUAUGCACAACUGCCACUCCCUGUGACAGCUACCACAUCCAAAAAGGUCAAAACACAUUUCAGGUGUGAUGUGCUGAAUCUGUGGGAUUUGUCCAAAUUACAUAAACAUGUAUGCUUAGUAUAUAAUACUUAAAUACUCUGUAACUUAUAUAAUAACAAUUUACUAAGAAUGGAAAGAAGGUAAUGCAUACCAUGAUAUGAACAUCAAGACAAGUAUUAUAUAAAUUCUUAUUCCUCUCGAAUGUUCUAGUGGCAUGGAGUGGUGAUCUAUGCUGGUUCCUCAG